CCUGUCUCAAGUGUUGCAACAAUGCCGAGAAAGAAGUGACAUUUUGUGGCAUCUAGUUUAAAACAGUUUUGCACUGACACAAGAUGGCCGACAAAUGAUAACGGCCGUCCCGCUUGGCUCACGGCGAGCUUUUCGCAUCUAGUAUUUCGGUGUGCAACGGCAAAAUAGGCUACUUCCCUCCAUGACGUCAUUUUGGCUGGUGCGCGCUCGCGUGCGCGUGGCCUGGAAGCGCCCGACGCCCCUCGCGACGCGGACGACGUGCGUGCACAAGCCGAAGAGGGGCGAAGAUGAAUGAAAUGGAGGCGGAAGAAAAAUUGGACGAGUCGCCAGCCGGAGGCGAGGACCUCUCGGCGACGCCCGCGAAGCGUCGUCACAGCUGCUCGCUGUGCGAUCGCGACUUCUCGUGCCCGUCGCGACUGUCGGACCACGUGGCGGCGCACUUUGGCGAAAAGCCGCACGCCUGCCCGCUGUGCGGCAAGCGCUUCAGCAAGAAGAUCAACGUCAAGGUGCACCAGCGCGUGCACACGGGCGAGAAGCCCUACGCCUGCCAGGAAUGCGGCGCCCGCUACACCCAGCUCGGUUCCCUGCGCCGACACCGCCUCUGCCACGCCCCGCAUCGCCAGCACGUCUGCGACCAGUGCGGACGCGCCUUCCUGCAGCGACGCUACCUGCUGCAGCACCAACGCGUCCACACGGGCGAGCGCCCAUACGUCUGCGCGCUGUGUCCCAAGCGAUUCGCCUCCACGGCGGGCCGCUCGGAGCACCAGCGCACGCACUCGGGCGACGCCUACACCUGCGCGGUGUGCCGCAAGGCCUUCACCACGCCGUCGGCCUUCCGCGACCACGCCACGCUGCACACUGGCCGCAAGCCGCACCCGUGUUCCGUCUGCAGCAAAAGCUUCAACCGGCCGGGCCUGCUCCGAAAGCAUCUACAGAAACAUCUGGAACGCGACGCCGCGGACGACGAGCGUGACGGUGAGGAAGACGGGCAUUCGCGGGACGGGUCUUUGUCACCAGCCAAGAAAAGCACAACAAAGAAGAAGAAGGUCCACGAGUGCGAGCUGUGCGGCCGCGUCUUCUCCAGGCCGUACAAGCUGAAGGAGCACCUGGAGGUGCACGCCGCCACGCGGCUCCACCGCUGCUCGAUGUGCGGCAAGAGCUUCGCCAACGCCACCAACCUGAAGGCCCACCAGAAGAUCCACACGGCACAGCGGCCACACCACUGCCACGUCUGCGACAAGUGCUUCCUCAGGCCCUACGAGCUGCGCAAGCACGUCAAGACGCACGAGCGGCAGAGCCUCCUGGAUCUGAUGGCGCCGCCGCGUCCGGAGGGCGGAGACGCUCGCGAGGAGGAGCUUCCCGAAGGACAACUGCCGCCCGCGGAGGAGGAAGCGAAGCCGGCGAGCGAGGAGGACACAGUCAACGGUCUCAUCAACUCCGACGGCGAAGAAGAGGACUGGGGCCCCGCCCUUAUACAAUCAGACGGCACCGAGACGACUCAGUCGGCCGGCGAGGAGAAACGCGGCCCUCACGCGUGCCCGGUGUGCGGGCGCGACUGUUUCAAGGCGUCGGCGCUGCAGAAGCACUUGCGCAUCCACUCGGGCGAGCGUCCGUUCCGCUGCGCCACCUGCCAGAAGACCUUCACUCAGCAGGUGCACCUGAAGGAGCACCGGCGCAUCCACACGGGCGAGAAGCCCUACACGUGCCCGCUCUGCGCCAAGACCUUCACCUUCUCCAGCGCACUGCGUCGCCACGUGCGGCUGCACGGCGACGCGCGGCCCUUCGCCUGCGACGUGUGCGCCAAGACCUUCAAGCAGGCCGCCUCGCUCAAGAGCCACAUGCUGGUGCACUCGGACGUGCGCCACCACUGUCCCGUCUGCCGCAAGGCCUUCACGCGGCCGCUGGAGCUCAGCUACCACGUGGACGUGCACGACGCCAGCCGCCCUUACUUUUGCCGCCUGUGCCGCAAGAACCUCAGCGGGGCGCGGGCCUUCCGCAAGCACCUCAGAAGGCACGAGGUUUGGGAUGCUGCCAAAGCGGCUAAAGACCAGGAGGCGGGGCUGCCGGAGCGCGUCGCAAACGGUGACCCGCCGGGUGACCCGGCAGGCAUUGUGGACGGUGACCCGCCGCCUCUUUGAACGCGUUACCUUUCUUGGACUCAAAUGUAAAACAACCAUCCGUCGUUGGCCGGUCCAAAUGGAUCGGACAUCUAUAAUCGUCAAUGACGGACAAUACUUCAACGUUCUGACGGUCCCUCAGUAUUGUCAGAUGAAUGUCCAUCCGCCAAGGCCUCGAAAUGACACAAAACGUGCCCUGAAUGUUUUGAAGACCUGUCAACGUGGCGGCCAUGUUGGUAGGGGCAACGUUCCCAUCAAACGCAAUGAGUGAAUAUUGAAAUUCAUUUGUUAACUCAAUUUUCAACAGGGAAGUUGUGAGUGAUCACGUUUCGGUGCCAUUGACGUCCAGUUCGUUUAAACUGGGAGGGCCGGCAGCAGUCGUUGGCCCCCUCCCACUUCAAAUAGCUUGGACAUCUGUGAGUUGAGUGUAUCACAAGUACACGUCCAGUCCAUUUGAAGGCAGCGAAUGAACUUUCCGCAUGCUUCAAAUGGAUUGCAUGUCUAGCGCUGUCAAUGGCAGAUAACGAUUUUGUGUCCCGUGGGUGUUUAAAGUCCGCCAAAUGAGGCCUUGAAAUGUUAUGAAGAUGCGCCAACACCGCCGCCCUGUUGGUAGGGGCAACAUUAAAUGCAAAGAGUGAACAUUGUCACUUUUACAUGAAUUGUCAGUGCAGAAACCGUGGGCUGACGGUGAUAGGUUGAACUGGGAGGGUUGGCAGCUGUUCAAAUAGCUCGGACGAUUGUGAAUUGAAAUGCGUUUAUGAAAAGUAGACGUCAAAUCCAAAUGAAUUCCAAUGGAUUUGACGUCUAGCGCCGUCAAUGGCAGCUAACGAGUGAACGCACUUUUAAGUUUCUUGAAUAAAAUCAGUCAACAUAGCC